AUGAAUUUCUUAUUUUUAUUAUUUAUCAAGCUUGCCUUGACUGACGACAGAGUGAACCCUGAAUUCGAAAAUUGUGACGAUUGUGUGCAAAUUACCACAGAUAACACUCCCGUGACCUUUCCACCUAUCUUCACUAAUCCUUUCGAAGGUGAUGAUGGAAUUGUUGACACUGUUACCACUGUUACAGGGCCCUCAACUGUGACUACAGGGACUGUUGAUAUUCCAACCCCUGAAGUUGAAACUCCUACUAUUACUAUCGAGCCUUCUACUGUUACCGCCCCUGUAGAACCUACAAUUACUGCUACUACUACAGAUGAAAUCCCAAUUGAGGUGACAACAUCCAUCAAUAAUCCCGUCACCACCCCUACAGUAACCUCUGUGUGUCAAACAAUUACUUCCUAUUCAACAAAAACCUUUGAAUCGACAAGUACAUCAGUUUUAACUAGAAUUUCCAACUCAAAAUCAACAAUCAUUACCCCAUCAACUUCUUAUCAGCCAGUUCAUAGCUUGGUUGAAGUUACUUCAGGUAUUCGUUAUGGUAACAUAUCGAGAAUUGAUUAUAGUACCAGAACUAUUGACAAUACUAUGACUGUAACAUUAUACUUGGUAGAUAUUAUUGAUGUACUUAUAACUCAGUUGACUACAUAUUACUAUGUGUAUCCUACCCAAUCUGUCAACAGUGUUUUGACAACGAGUUGUCACAUGGAUCCUGUUGUUACUAUUCCAGGGGAUCAAACCGUAGUUACACCUGUGCCAACUGCUCCAACAUCAUCUUCCUUCAUCUCAUCAACAUCACCCCUAACAACCAAAUCUACAAGCCCAAGUUCCAUGGUUAUUCCCACCUCAACGGUCACCAUUAUCAAUCCAUGUGAAGCCAAUAUCUUUCGGGGUAGAGCAGGAAAAUUAGAGUUAAAUUAUAUAUUACUCUUGAUCGGAUUAAUCAUCUGA